AUGGACGUCGACUUUUCUUUGCUCACGCGCGUCUGGUGUGUGGCUGAACUCGUGGAAGCCAAGUCACUUCAUUUGCCACAGGCAAUCAAGAUACAUUCAGCGGCAUCACGGAAACGUUGCUUGGACCAGCUCUUGCACUUGGAUGUGAGGACAGCGGAAGCAUCGUUUCCUGCAGACAAGGAGCUGGUCUUGAGCAAAAUCAACGACGUGGACGAUUUCAAUCUUCGCCUAAGCGACCUGUUGCUCCACCGUCUCGAAGC